AUUCUUUACACUAUCAUUAAUCUUACACUCGUUAUUACACAUCUUAAUGCCUCGAACAUACGUUAAAAAAGGCCAAGUGCCUCGUUAUUCAAAUGAAGACUUUCAACUUGCACUCAAAGAAAUUGCUGAAGGCAGUGAUAUUCGUGAUACUGCAAAGAAAUACAAUAUUCCAAAAUUAACAUUACAUUCACAUCAUUCCUCACAAACAUCUCAUCAUGGCGCUGGACGUACGACUCAUUUUACAGAACUUGAAGAAUGA